CAUGAAACAGCUCAGUGAGGCAAGAAGAGAAACCCUGGGCUGAAAAUUCCUAAGGAAGCCUUUGAGCAGCCACAGACGAGCUCCACGCCACCCAGAGAUCUGGACUCCAAAGCCUGCAUCUCUAUUGGUGAGGAGAACUUUGAGGUGAAGGCCGAUGACCUGGAGCCCAUCUCCGAGCUGGGACGAGCGGAUCCGAGCCACGGUGAACAGCCAGGAGCAGAAGAGGUUGUUGAUGGAUCUGGAUAUCUCCAUGAGGACGGUGGAUUGUCCCUUCACCGUCACCUUUUACGGGGCGCUUUUCCGAGAGGGAGACGUGUGGAUUUGCAUGGAGCUGAUGGAUACCUCACUGGACAAAUUCUACAAACAUGUCAUUGACAAAGGCCUGACGAUUCCCGAGGACAUCCUGGGGAAAAUCGCAGUCUCUAUUGUAAAAGCACUAGAACAUCUCCACAGUAAGCUCUCCGUGAUCCACCGAGAUGUAAAGCCCUCUAACGUGUUGAUCAAUACGCAGGGGCAGGUGAAAAUGUGCGAUUUUGGGAUUAGCGGUUACCUCGUUGACUCUGUUGCUAAAACCAUGGAUGCAGGAUGCAAACCCUACAUGGCUCCUGAGAGAAUUAACCCGGAGCUGAACCAGAAGGGAUACAGCGUCAAAUCCGACAUCUGGAGCCUGGGGAUCACCAUGAUCGAGCUGGCCAUCCUGCGCUUCCCCUACGACUCCUGGGGCACGCCCUUCCAGCAGCUCAAGCAGGUGGUGGAGGAGCCGUCGCCGCAGCUCCCAGCGGAGAAGUUCUCAGCGGAGUUCGUCGAUUUUACCUCGCAAUGCUUGAAGAAGAAUUCCAAAGAACGGCCAACAUACCCAGAGCUUAUGCAACAUCCUUUCUUCACCCUGCACGAAUCCAAAGAGACAGACGUCGCCUCUUUUGUCAAGCUCAUCCUGGGAGACUGAGAACUGGACUUGUAAAAGAAUUGCCCUUCUGUGGACUGGUGGGUGCAGGGGAGGGGCGUGUGGCAGGACUCGUCAUGGGAGCACCAACAGAAAGUCGCUGUGUUUUGUUUUGUUUUGUUUUUAUUCUGAGAAACCCCCGCCUCGCCCGAGUUUUUUUAAAGGGUUCUUUGGUAUCCAUAGUGACAUAGAACGAGCUGGUUAGUGGAAUGAAUUUUAAUAAGGUUGGUAACCUUAAAACAAAAACAAAACAACAACAAAAAAAAUCUUUUUUUGAAAGAGUGAUUUACAUAUUUAAUGACAGUCGAAGUUCCUCUUCCUAACUUGCUCCUCAUCCCCCUUCCCUUCCCCUUGAACCAGAAUUUGCUUUGUCAUGGUAAUAGGUGCUAUGGUAGUCAUGAAGUUGUAUGUAGAUUUAUAUUUUGUCCCUUCCAUUAUUUUAAUAUUUAUGUUAAGUGCUUGAUGGAAUAGAUUUCUGUUUUAUAUGAGGAUGAGUGCGUGGUGAUGAUGAUGAUGAUGAUGAUGAUGCAAAAUGAGGCCGCAGCAAGCAGCACUUGUAGGGCUCGCUGGGGAAAAGGUGUCCGAGGAGAGGAGAGAGGAGAAGUGUCUCUGUUGUGGAAUACAGGUGAUGUGCAUCAUAAAAGGAAUGGAUGAGCAAGCCUUGCUGCUCGAGCUGUGUCAGGGAGGGAGGCCCCGGUGUCCCCUGUGGUCACCUCCUCUCCCGACACCGCGCUUCCAGCCCUGUCCCACCGCCCUGCUCUGCUGGAGAGGGCAGGCUGGGAGCUCUGGGAGUUGCUGGGACAAUGUCUGGGACAAAAGGCCCAGAGGGAAGGAGUUGUCAGAGAAGUUGCACAAAGAAGAGGAGGAGCUGUCCUGGUGGGUGCCCAGCAGCGUUGCAGUGCCCGAGGCUCCCUUGGGCUGGGGAUGAGCUGCUCUGGGGCUCCGGGGAGCUCCUCUCUCGGAUGAUCUCGGGAUCACAGGAGGCACAGCACCCUCAGGAGUGGGAUGGAUUAGUGGAUGGAUCCCUGGGCUCCAUCCCUCCGUGCUUGCCCGGGGAUUGCAGCGCUCCAGGAGCCCGAGCUGGCCGGGUUGUUGGGCUGUGCCCAGCCCCAGUUGGAUGCUGCAGGCAGCCGGGAACGCUGGGCUCUGCCUGGGAAACCACACAGGGACAGCACAGCCCACCCUGACCAGGAGCUCCCUGCUGCUGGCCUCGGGGACGAGCUGUGAGCCAGGGACAGGAGAAGGUGGGAGAGGAGCUGGAGAGCGUUGUGCCCUCGGGUCAGUCACUGUCUGGAGCAGGGGGCACUGGCAGUGUUGGCUCCACGUUAAGGCUGGUUUGAGCCAUGCCUGCCCAGCUGCCUGGCCCGGGGCUCCUUCCCCCAGCCCUGGAACGAGGCCUGCACGAGUGCCUCGUGCCCUGCAUGCGCUUCCAUCCCCACCCCUCGCUUGGGCACAGCCCCUGGGAGCCAGAAACACACCCUGCUCUGCAGGGCUGAACCUUGCAGGGUGUCACUGAACCUUGCAGGAUGUCACUGACCGCUCAGCAGGGUGUCCCUGACCCUGAGCAGGGUGUCACUGACCCUGUGCAGGGUGUCACUGACCCUGUGCAGGGUGUCCCUGACCCUGAGCAGGGUGUCACUGACUGUGCAGGGUGUCACUGACCCUGAGCAGGGUGUCACUGACCCUGUGCAGGGUGUCACUGACCCUGUGCAGGAUGUCACUGACCCUGAGCAGGGUGUCACUGACUGCUCAGCAGGGUGUCACUGACCCUGAGCAGGUGUCACUGAACCUUGCAGGGUGUCACUGACCCUGAGCAGGGUGUCACUGACCGCUCAGCAGGGUGUCACUGACCCUGAGCAGGGUGUCACUGACCGCUCAGCAGGGUGUCACUGACCCUGAGCAGGGUGUCACUGACCCUGAGCAGGCUGUCACUGACCCUGAGCAGGGUGUCACUGACCCUGUGCAGGAUGUCACUGACCCUGAGCAGGGUGUCACUGACCGCUCAGCAGGGUGUCACUGACCCUGAGCAGGGUGUCACUGACCCUGAGCAGGGUGUCCCUGACCCUGAGCAGGGUGUCCCUGACCCUGAGCAGGCUGUCACUGACCCUGAGCAGGGUGUCACUGACCCUGAGCAGGGUGUCAUUGCCAGGUUAGCAGCUCCAGGCUCUGCUGGUGCAGGUUGGAACAGUCUGAGCGGAUUUUGGGAAUCCCCUGGAAGGGCUGAAGGGGAGGGCAGUGUUCAGAACUGGGGCUCUGGGGUGCUGGGGACACGCCAACACUUCCAAGAGGCGCACAAAGACACCGCCAGUGCCUGGGCUGUCACUGUCCCUGCCACCACAGGGGUGGCCGUGAGCCUGGGGUGGUGCAGCCCUGCCCUGGGGCUGGCAGUGACAGAGACAGGGAGCAUUUAUCGGGAUUUGUGGAUCCUUGUGCCCUCAGCUGCAGAGCAGGGGGCUCACAGAGGGCUUGCAGGAAUCAGGGUGCCAUUCAGGGGUGGUGCAGGCUUUGGGGAGCAGGUUCCCCUUGCUCAGCCCUGCCCCAGGAGCCCGCCCAGCCCUCGGCAAAGGAAAAGCUCCACACCCUGCUCUGUGCCGAGGGGAACCUUUCAGGUUACAUUUCGUGGCAGAUGAAACACGAGGAUGUUUUACUUCACAGUGUAAUUUUAAGAGGCCUCACAUGGCUCAUGAUCUGCCCUCUCAUAUUCCAUGGUGUGUGUGUGUGUUUUCUCUCUCUCACUUUCUCAGAGUCACAGAGCUGUUUUGAUUGAUUGUCCUCAGCUGCAGCUGAAAGUCCAGCCAGCCAGUUUAUAGACUUGGUUCCAGCAUCAAUUCUCACUUUGAAAAACAUGACAUUUAAAACCACCCUUUGGUUUUCCUACAUAUGGAUCUGAUGCUUUUGUUAAAGAUUGUUUUUGCUGCUUUUCCCCUGCAAUAUAAGUCUCGUUUGGACACCGCAUCUCCUUGACCUCAGAGCACCUUCAUUUCAGUGCCAUUGUAAUUGACAGGUUGAAUUUAUGAGAUACUGUCAAAGCUCAGUAUUUAUAGCAGAUAUUAAUGUCACCAGCGUUUUCCAAUAGAGAAUUAAUGGCAGUGUUUUCUGCAGCUGGUAACCCUCUGAAAGGAUUCCUCCAUGCCUCCACACGGGGCUUGCUUUUAUGCUUUCUGCUCUAAUCCUUUUGUUUUAAUGACAUUACAAUAGGGCACGCAACAAAUCACUUCCCUUCCCUGCUCCUUCUCCGUGACUUUGUUCCUUUCAAAGUCGUUUGUGUCAGCCCAGGGUAAGUGUGGAGCUGUGUGAGGGUGAGGAAAGCUCUGUGAGAUGCACAGGGCUCUGCAUCCCUCCACAAAGCUUGGCCUGACCCAGGAGUUCCUGAGAGAGAAGCCUGAGCUUGGUGGCUUCAGCUCAGGGAGGAGAGCCAGGGACUCCUGUGUGCCUCAGAGCCCUGCUGGGCUGCAGGAUGAGAGUCAGGCUCUUCUCUCUGCUGCUUAAUGAGACCUCUGUGAAGAUGAAAAGCCUUUGGUUGCUGCUCAGAUCUUUGCUUGGCCAGAGCACAAGCACAGGGACAGACACAGGCUCUGGGACGUGGAACCUUUCCUGGCAGGCUGGCCCCCUGGGCAGCCCAGGUGUUGAGGUUUAGGGAUGUUCUUCACAAAGCUUUUCUGUGUUCACACAGCUCAUCUGGGCUUGGGAUUGCCCCAGACUGGAAUUUUUAGAGAAGCAGGUCUUGAAAGACCCCCAAAGGCAGGGAGCAGAGGGAGAGCAGAGCUGUGUGAGCUCAGCACUGAGCUGUGAGCUGGACCAGCUGUGGAGAGGGCCUCUCCAGCCUGCCACAGGUUACCAGCAUCACAGCCCAUCCCCAGGGCUGCCCAGGUGUGUGUCCAUCCUCCUCUUGCCACCUCCUGCCAUCUCAGGGUGCUGCAGGCCUUGCCACUGCUGGAGCUCUGAAGUGUCACUGGCAGGAAAGGUGUUUUCUGGGUCCCCAAGAGCCCCUUGCACCCUUAAAUCUGGCAGAGGAGUUGGAGGGCAUUUUCUGGUUGCUGUUUUGAAACCCCAGGUUCAUGCUGCUGCACUGGGUGCAAUGCCCAUCUUCCCUGGAGUUCUUCCAGGUGCACAGACCUUGACACAGGUAUCUCUGUACUGUAUUUCUCUGGUUUUCCCUGGCUUUUCUUGUGUUUACUGGUGACAAAGAGGCAACUCUGGCUUGUUAAAGUUAAAAAAAGUUAAAACUUCAUUUCUGGAGGCAGUUGGUGGGUCCCUACUUGGAAAAAUCUCUAAAAAAAAAAAAUCUCAAUUCAUCUCCCUGUAGCUGAGCAGGUGCUGCUGCACCUUUUUCUGCUGGGAAGGCUCAGCAGGGAUUUCUCCAUGCCUGCUGCCAGCCAGGGGUGUACCUGCACAUUUCCCUUCUUCCCUGCACGUUCUGGAAGAGGAAAUCCUGCUUGAUCAACACAGCAUUGCUUCAGUGUGGUUCAGACAAGGUUCCCACCAAGCUCCCGUGUUUAAUAAAUCUGUUUUAUUCAAAACAACCCCCAAACUCCUCUCUCAGAAAAACCAGCCAAGAUGCUCCUUUUUUAUCAUUUCCCCUUCCAUCUUGUUCCUGUUAGAGGAACUCUGGGAGCCUGUCUUGGUGCUUCCACUCUUUCACAUGCCAAAGAUCCCACUUAGUUCUGCUCCUGCCAAACCAGAUCUUGUAGUCCUGCCUCUAAAACCAUCCAUUUCCCUGCUCCUUGGGGUUCCUUUUGUUGCUGUUGCUUUUUCAUUGAAUUUCCUCGUGUUUAUUGACAUGUCUAUUGUUGAGCUUCCUGGACACAUGCAGCUCUCUUUUUUUGGGAUACAGGGAAAGACAAAUAGUUGCCUUCACUUGUGUGCCCCUGCUGUUGGGGAAAUACUGUCAGUGGUGUGAUUCCUACAGAUGGGAUGGGUCUCCUGUCGAGCUGGGCUCAUGGAGGGUGUAAACUGGCACUGCUCCAUUGGCUUGGCUGGAACAAGGCCAGUUUUGUCCAGCUGAGAAUCUGUCCUUAGAUUUUAACUGUCUAAACAGUUAUUACACACUAAUAAAGAUUAAUGAUGGUAAAUCCCCAGGGAUUAGACAUAAAAUGGCAAGUUUUGCUCAUUAAUCUUUAUUGCCACGUUACGGUUGUUGAUGUUAGAGGCUCUCUCUGCUCUGGACGUGCACAGAGGAGGGGGCUGAGCCUGGGGAGAUGAAGGCUGGACAGAACACACAGAACACACCAGAUGUCCACAUGUUUUACACUCUUUGUCUUCCCCCCAGGUUCCUUUAUUCCUUGAAAGCCCUUAACCAGCAGCAGAGGAUGGAUCCCAGAGCUUUGCCUGCUCCUCUGGCCUCUGCCUGGGCUGUAAAACCCAGAUUGUUUCUGCUGAGAAGGGAUCAGAUCUCCUCAUUAAAAUUUCAGCUUUGCUGGAGCAGAUGGAGAAUGUGAAAUUUGCCCUGUGCUCUGCAGAGCUGGGAGAUUCACCCUGGAGGAGUGGCAGCUCUGUUGGAGGCUGAAAGGACUCUGCUCCUUCACAUAACCCCACUCCAUAAAAACAGUGGCUUUUGUUAAUGAAUGGGGGCAGAAAAAGCUGCAUCUCAGUUUUGAGGUGUUUGCAGAUGAAUAAACACAGCCAGGAGCUCUGGUGGAGCCAAGUGCUGCAGGCACAAAGGUCCAUUGCCAGAGAAAUGAAAGGGACUCUGAGAGUGCAGUGAACUUUAAGGGUGGGUUUAAUGGCAAUUAAAACAAAAUGAGUCCUGUGAUGGGCAGCUGGUGUCAGUGCACUCUGCCAGGGAGGGUCUGGAGCAGCAGGAGAGGCAGGACACAGCCACAGGUCCAUCGAGGGCACAGCCUGAGAGCAGCCUGGCUGCCCCUGCCCUCCCCACAUCUUCCUUCAGGCCCAGAUUGAUGGGCAGUGGGUCCCAGGUUGCCACUGGGAAUCUGAAUCCAAAUCCAGGGAGCAAAAUCUAAAACCAAAAAGGAAAAGAUUUUUCCACAGGGAAAAACCUGCAAGUGGCCCAAGGCACGCUGCUGCUGCAUGGCCUGAAAGGACGGGAAAAGCCUGGGAGAGACCUCUGUAGCUGAGAGAGAAGAGGGGAAACUUUUCAGGUCUCUGAGCAGCUUCAUGCUGGAAUUACCCAAUUUUCAGGCUACCAGGAGGAGGGAGUUCACCAGGGAGCAGCUGGGGCUGCAGGAUGGUUGUGGUGUGGCUCCCUCAGAGCAUCCCUGGGAUGCUGGAGAGCUCUUGGCCUCCCUGGACACCUGACAGGGAGAGGCUCCUUCAUCUUCCUGUUCUGUGUCUGGGAUUUCACUGCCCCCAGCGGGAAGGCAGUGUCCAUGGAGUGGGGAAGGAGCUUCCUGUCCUCUCCAGUUCCCUCUCCCUGAUGCCACAGCUGGGAUUUGGCCGAGCAGCCACCCUGCAGGGCUCAGCCGCAGCUGCCAUUCCGCUGAAACUCCCUUUGGGAGCGCUGGGCAGCUCUGGAGCUGCAGCAGCCCCGCUCUGAGGUGGCCCAGCCCAGCCAGGAUGGGCCACAAGCCCUUCCUCGAGAGGCUCCUGGUUUUGAGAGGCCGGGGCGAGCGUCCAGCGGCCGCGAGGUUCUGCGGGGACAAGCCGGGAAAAGCUUGGAAGCGCCUGAAGCGCGCUGGAAGUAGAGAUGGAAAUCUCAAAAGAUCAGACGUCUCUCGGCGAUUUCCAAAGCUAUCUGGUUUUAGCCAGACCUGAAAUCCCUUCCUAGAAGUUUUAUUUCAGGGUAUUUUGAUCUGUUACUUUCACUUUUGGGCUUAGCUAAAUCCAGGAAACUCGGAGCGGUGUAAUUUUUGAAUAAAGACUAAACACACCCCGAGUAUUCCUGAGCUGAUCAGGAAAGCUGCUGCUUGGUUUAUCUUCCAGGAAUAACUCAGGCCAGCUCAGGCUUUAAUUCAGUCUGGUUCUGCCCCUAGAUAAUGAUUCUUUUUGAGGAAAUAAAAAGAGCAGACCAGGAUCUUUCCAAAAGGCUGUGACCUGACACACCAAACCAUUCCAGGAGAUGGAUGGAGAUAAAUGCUCCAGUGAGAGGGGCCAAUGUCUGGAGGCUGCAACAGCAGCCUGGAGUAUCUGUGGCCUCCAAAAACUCACACAGACACAGGAAUUGUGGGAUGGAGGUGUUGGAUUCUGCCAUUUCUCGGGAUUUUUCCCUCUAGGAGAGAGCAUUCAGCCAUCUCAGAGUAUCCCAGAACACCCAAAAAUCCUUCAGCAUUUUUAUAUUGGUUUUUCUUUUCAGGAUGGAUACUGUGAAAAGUCAGGAAGGGCCAGCUGUCCUUGAUUUGCACAGGCAGGGUGAAGAAAUGUGGCUUUGGUGCCUGGUAAAAGCCAAGAAAAGGUGUGUUUAAAGAUAAAUCCCAGUCUCUGUCAGAGCUGCUGAGCCAGGAUCAAAUAUUCCCAAAUCCAGGUACAGCUGCAGAGCUCUCCAUCCAUAUUUAGCCCCAAAUUCAGUCACAAAUCCUGCAUAAACACCUACAGCAUGGACUGUGCCUUCUGGGGGGCUUCUGGCAGAUUCGGGGCUCAAAAUCCAAUAUUCCCCAACCCAGGAUUUGGCUCUGAAUAUUCCCUUUAAAAUCCAUGUGUAAAGUGAAUUUCCAGGGCUCGGCUGCUGUUUUUAUUUUGGUGAAUCGAGUGGUUUGUGCUUGGUGAGAGCUGUCCCUGUGCCAGGGGCUGCUGGAAAUAGUCACAACAUCCAAAAUAGCUGGAAUUCUGCAUUUUUUAAAUAGGAAUACAACAAGGGGAAGCUGCUAAAUGUAGCUUCUUGUAAGCUGGAAAUGUGUUGGAGUAAAAUUUGUCAUUUCUUGUAGAGAAAAAACAAAACAAACCGAAACAACUCUCCAAAAUUGUCCAAAAUCUUCAAUUUAAGGAAUUACAGUUUUAUUGGCAAAGAUCUACGUUCAGAAAUCCCAUCAAUAGAUGGGAUUUUUAGACUUUCUAUCUUAAGGUGUGAAAUCUGCUUUUUCUCAGGAUGGUGGGAAAUCUGUAAUAAGGAUAUUUUUAAAUAAUUCUGGCUAGGGAAAAAAGAAACAAACCCAAACAUCAAAAAAAAAGGAAAAGCACCGAGAUCCCAGUGUUCUCUGGUGUUGAAGAGGGCACAUGGACAUGUUAGGAAGGAGAAGACUUUUCAACCUGCUGUAAUGCAAAUCCUUCUUUUACUUCAUUUUUAGGUUUUUUUUUUUACAGUAACAUCACUCGGUUUCUUAACUGGGAAAGUCUCUGCUUUUCCAUCCCCGUGGAAAGCUGAUUAUUCUUUCUCAUGUUCUUCUUAUUUAUUAUUUAUCUCUUUCUGGUACUAUCCAAGAGGUGCUGAAAUUAUCUCCCAGCCUGCCCUCGAGCCAUUUGGGAUCCCUGUGGUAGCUCCUAACAGCUGGGAUGGCAGUAGACAGCUGAUGAUGAUUUUAAAUUAUAUUUAUAGCAACUUAGAUUAUUAUUUUUGUUUGUUUUUUAGUGUCUCGGUUUGCAUUAGAAUUAGGGACGGGGAUAAGGAAUCUUGUUUUAAAAUAUUCUAAUUUUUUUUUUGGAGUUUUGGGGGCUUCUGAAGAAACCUGCUCACUUUUAUGUUUUUAGUAGGGAAGCACGAGGUGGGUUUCAGAUGUUCCUUUGAGAGGGGAUUGAGUAGCACCAGGGUUCAGUUUAGCUGGUAGAAUGCUCUGUCAAAUCAUUAAAAUCGAUUAAAUCAAUCAAUAAAAUCAGCUGAAUUCUGAGAAAACAGCCACUUUCCACCUGAAAAUUCAAAUCUGGUUGGUGAAGAAUUUGGUUUGUCCCAGGCUCAUGGCAGGCUUUUCUCUGUCAAACCUGGAGUUUGCUGGAGCCCUGGGUGGUGAGGACUGGCCAGGGCAGGGCUGGGGACAGCCAAGUGUCACCUCUGGGGCUGGAGGACACCUGUCCUGCAGAAAUAAUGGAGCAAUUCACGAGCUCUGGGGGAUGCUGAGGGGAAUCCCUCAAGUGUGGGAGAGAAUCAGGGCUUUGGGGCUCAAAACCCAUCAGGUUUUGUUCUUUUUAUUCCCUUUCUCCCCUUGGAAAGGUGCUUCAGAAGCCUCCCCAGCCUUUCUGAUAAAGAAUAACAGAACCAGAGAACCACAGAGUCACGGAGGGUGGAAAAACCUUUAAAAUCAUCGAGUCCAACCAAAAACUCAGCGCUGCCAAGGCCACCACUAACCCAUGUCCCCGAGUGCCACAUGAACACAUUUCCAGCCCUUCCAGGGAGGGUGACUCAAGCCCUUCCCUGGGCAGCCUGGGUGCUGUGGUGCAGCUGUUUUCAGACAGCUCACGCCGCUUUUCUGGUUUGUUUUCUUUCCCCAACGUAUAAGAAACGCUGGGUAGCAGAAUGUGGAAUUGAUUAGAAGUUCAUAAAGCAGGGACCUCAGAAGGAUGUGGGUAUAAAUGCUUUUCAGGCAUCCGAGGUGAACUUUAAAUGGAGCUUUGGCCCUCAUUUGCUUUCUGCUUUUCAAAAACCAUUUAUGAGAAAGUGGAGCUGUCAAAGCCGUGCAUGAACUUUGCCUUCUUGCAAAUAACUUGUCUCAAAGUAAAUUGUCCAAAUGCACAAGAAACUUGUCUCUAAGUAAAUCCAGUAGCUCUACAGAGCUGGAAUUGUGUGGAUUAGAGGGUGUGAGAGGUGUGUGUGUGUGUGUGUGUGAGCACGUGUUGUGCUUGGGGAGGUGCAGGGAGUAACUCAGCCAUUUUGAGAUUUAAAAAAAAACACAAUGCAAGUGCUUUUCUUAAAAAAAAAAAAAUAAAAAAAUUAAAAAGGCAGCGUAAAAUAUUUAUUUCUUGGCAGAAGUACAUCAGACCACAUCUCCCAUCCUUCUUUUAAUUGCUUGGUGUUUGUUUGUGUUGUGUCAGGCUUUGCUGGUUUCCUCGGCAGGGCUGCGCGCCGCCCGUCACCUCGCACAACCCCGCUCCGAGCCAGGGCACGGGGCAGCUCCAGCUCCUCAGGAGAGCCCUGGGGUGCAGGCAGUGCAGCAGAGGCCAAGGUGCUGUUGAGUUAAAGGCAGCACAGUGCAGAGUGGGGGAUUUUCAAUUUUUAGCCUUGUUGAGGGAAUUCUUUCCUUGUGAGAAUCCAACCCGCCGCGCCCUGAGGCGGCAGCACCCCAAGUCCCAGCCUUGGGGAGGGCGGGUUGGCCAGACAGAGCAGCUCAGAGGGUGUCACUGAAAAGGAAAGAGGUGCUGGAGUGAGUGUGAGGCAGCACUGGGUGCUGGUCAGUGCCUGUGGGCUUUGCCCAGGGUUUGGAUGCUCCAGGUCUGGUACCCAGCCAGGUGCAGACACUUCAUCAGUCAGGGACUGCCGAGCUCACCUGGCUGCCCACCUGCACAUCCCCUCCACCUGCAACACCUCCUGUGCUGUCUUCCCCCAUCUCAGUGCUGUUCCUCGUGCUCUGGAGAUGAGCAGGAGCAGCAGAGGGACAGCAGGGCCGUGUGUGUAACGUUUGAGGGGCUUUUACUCCAUGUUGUUUUAAAGAGAUGCUUUUAGGAUCCAUGCUGAACUGGUAUUCUUUAACCUUCACUGCCACAGAUUCUUUCUCCCCACCCUCUUCACUUCAUACAGAUUGGCAAAACACAUUUGACUUGAAAAGAAACCACCCCCAAACCCUGCUGAUGGGAUAAGUUACUCCUCUUUACUGUGCUUUGAUUUGAUUUCUCAGGAUACCCAGAGGUUUUUCACUGCUGCUGAGAGGGGACAGUACACCUUUUUGGAGACUUCAACCACUGUAACAGUUUUCCAGAUGUGUGUGUGCGUGUGUGUGUGUGUAAGCCAGCACUGUGCGUGCGUGUGUUCUGCUGAAUAUUGUGUGCAUCUCUGAAAUGCUUCAAACAACUGCCUGGAAGUCAAAAACCAACCACCUCUUUCCAGUCAUAUGUUUGCCGUGACUUUUCAUAACCACACUUGAAACUAGUGGUCUUGGAUGGAAAUAUUCAAAGAGCAGGGCAUCUUUAUAGCAAUGGUAUGUCAGUCGAAUUACGGAAAAUGUACACAAAGAUAAAUAAAUGAAAUUUAAAAGUAA